AUGGUCACUACUGAAGAAAGAAAAAAUAUUGUUGAACAAUCAGAAACUAAUAACAAUAGUACAACAUUGAAAAAUACUUUACUUCUUGGUUUUACACCUUUAGUUAUUGCUAUUGUAUUAUAUAUUAGUUUAAAUGUAUGUAUUCAACUAUCACGUUGUUAUUCAAAUUGGCGACUUAAAAAACAAUUAGAAAUUGUACGAUGUUCGGAACAAUGUCUUGUUGUUUCAAAUCCAUCUAUAGAUGUUUCCGAUCAACAAGUUAUUCCUCAAGUCGUUUGA